CAAGCCGCUGAUGCGGGCGGUUGGGGUCCGGGCAUAGCAGAACCGCUAGGGAAGGGGCGCCGAGCCCUAGUCUGCGGGUCGCCACCAUGUUCGGCUCUCCGACGACCACCCGCAAGCAGGCCAGCUUUGCCACGAGUCCCAGCUCACAAACAAGGAAGUCUAUUAGCUUUAGUAGCCCAUCAAAAGCAAGUUCAGGGAAAGGCUAUUCUGGCGCCACUCAAAGCAGAAUUGCCAUGUCAAGAACGAUGGUUUCUGUUCCUGAGAUAAAGCCGGUAGAAAAACUGAAUAUUUCUGGCACUAAGACAGUACAGGUGUUUGAUGCAAGAGGCGUUGAUGUUACUCCCCGACCUCUCUACCAUCCAGAUCCACACCUGGGAACAGCAAAGCCCAACAAACUCUUGAUGUCACAAGAAGGAUCACUUGCAUCAGAUUUUAUUUCUUCAUACAGUCUGUAUCAAAAUACAGUUAACCCUAGUAUGUUAGGGCAGUUCACAAGGUCAGUCAUGGGGAGCAGCACAGUGUCGAAGUCAAGUGUGUCCACCACCGAAUCAAUGACGGAGGAUCUAGAAGAACCAGCUUACAAGAGGGACAGACUGGCUAGUUUUACAGAUGUGCGAGUUCUGAGAACCACACCUGAGACAUCUUUAACCAAGGAAGAGCUGGAGAAGAACAUAGAGAUCAUUCUCACGGAGACGAAAACACUGAAGUUUUUUGACCUGCCAACAGUCAUACACUCAGUAGAAUCUGAAGAAGCGGAGAAAAUAGUACUGAAAAAUAAGAAUUAUGAAGUCCUUUGUAGAAAUAGAUUAGGCAAUGACCUGUAUGUCGAACGGAUGAUGCAAACAUUUAAUGGCGCUCCAAAGAAUAAAGAUGUCCAGUGUGAAAAGAUCAUAAUGGAAGACAAAGGCAUAAUGGCCACCGCCUGGGAUUUGUAUGAUUCUUUCAACGUUCCCGAAGCUUUGCUGUCAGCAAAACCAUCAUCCGUGGCUGGAAGUAAAGGAAAUUUACUUGCUAAAGACCAGAACGAGAACCUAGACGAUAGUGAAACUAGCUCCCUCAUGGAUAUAGAAAAUGUAAUUCUGGCUAAAGUUCAUGAAGAUGAAGAAGACCAUUCAGGGGCCAUAUUAAAAUCUGAGAAGCUUCAACAAGACUUAUUUUUCAUGGAAAGGGUUUUAAUGGAAAAUGUAUUUCAGCAGAAGCUUGCAGCCUAUCGCCAACUCCCUGUUUUAAAAGAACGUGAACCUGAAGAGUUGGAAGAAGUUAAGGAAGAAGAAAAUCUCGAGGAAACAGAGGAGGAGAGUAAGGAGGACGAAGAAGAAAUGGAGAUGGAACUGGAACUAGAGAUAGCCACAGAGCAGUCAACAAUACCAGCCAAUCUGGAGCGGCUCUGGUCUUUCGCCUGUGACUUAACUAAAGGCCUUAAUGUGAGCAGCCUCGCCUGGAAUAAAGCAAAUCCAGACCUUUUGGCUGUUGGCUAUGGGAACUUUGGAUUUAAAGAGCAAAAAAGAGGAAUGGCUUGCUGCUGGUCAAUAAAGAACCCCAUGUGGCCAGAGCGCAUUUAUCAGAGUUCCUAUGGAGUUACGUCUGUGGACUUUUCGAUCAGCUCACCUAAUCUGCUAGCAGUUGGCUACCACAACGGCACGGUUGCGAUUUACAACGUGCAGAGCAGCAGUAACACUCCAGUUCUGGACAGCAGCGAGUCACCUCAGAAACAUCUGGGACCGGUUUGGCAACUGCAGUGGAUAGAACAAGACAGAGGAACCACGGGGGAUGACAAGAGAGAGAUCUUGGUGUCCAUAUCAGCUGAUGGAAGGGUCUCCAAGUGGAUUAUUCGAAAAGGACUGGAUUGUCAUGAUUUGAUGCGGCUGAGGCGAACUACUGCUACGAGCAGCAAAAAGGGAGCGGAGAAGGAAAAGAAGGGCGAGGCUCUGAUCUCUCGACAGGCUCCCGGGAUGUGCUUCGCUUUCCACCCCAAGGACACAAAUAUAUAUCUGGCUGGCACAGAAGAAGGCCUUAUUCACAAGUGUUCCUGUUCAUACAAUGAGCAAUACCUAGAGACAUAUAGAGGACACAAGGGUCCAGUGUAUAAAGUCACGUGGAACCCAUUCUGUCCUGAUGUCUUCUUGAGCUGCUCUGCAGACUGGGGUGUCAUGAUCUGGCGUCAGGAGACUCUCAAGCCAUAUUUGAGUUUUUACCCAACUACUUACGUUGUUUAUGAUGUCGCCUGGUCUCCAAAAUCCGCUUAUAUUUUUGCUGCUGCAAAUGAGAGCAGAGUAGAAAUUUGGGACCUUCAAAUCAGCACUUUGGAUCCUCUGAUUGUGAAUGUUGCUAACCCUGGAAUCAAGUUCACAACCGUUCUCUUUGCCAAGCAGACAGAUUGCCUUCUCGUGGGAGACAGUGAUGGGCAGGUUGCAGUCUAUGAACUGAGAAAUAUGCCUACUGCUUUGGACAAUGGCCGGGGAGAUGUAAUAAACGUUCUGCUUGGGUCCAAGACAAACCAAUCAGGAUAAUCCAUCAUUUGGAUUCUGUUGCAUUUUAUUCUUGUUUUAGGAAAAGGGAAUAACAUUAUAUACCAUAAGAUUUUUAGUUUUAAAAGAGCAAUAUGGGGUCUAUAUCUUCCAUUUAAAUUAAAUUAGCUUCUAUUUCAGAAAUGUGAUUAGUUUAUAAUAUGAAAUAAGCUUAAGGUUUUUGUUGGGAUUUUUUAAUUUUCUAAAGAUAUUUCUGCUACACUUCUUGGUCAUAUUUGAAAUAUCUAUUAGCAAAUACAUAUACCUGUAAAAUGUCUAAAUAGCUUAAAAAGUAAUUUUUUUAAAAAAAACAUAGCUAUUUUUAGAAUUACUUAAUCUUCAGUCAUUAGAAGAUAAAAUUCCAGCAACUAUCAAACCUGCUUCCCAAGCUCUGCUUUUAUGAUUUACAGCCGCACGGCCACUUCUAUGAGCACGGUGAGUUCUCACACCUGACUUGGAACAUCGUUGCUGUCCUCCUAAAUCCGAGCCCUGAAACUAGAGAGCUUUGUCAGACCACUUGACAAGCUAGGGGAUGGAACAGCAAAUAUCAGCAUCCCAUUGUCCAGCUAGCUAGCCAGCAUCCUACUCUCUCGUCAGAGGGCAGCGCUCAUCUGAAAUAUGUCUUUACCUUCCUCUGAAAGCCCUGAAUCAUCUGCCAUGAAGUUUCAGCCCAGACUUGCGUUGUCUCUGCAAGAAAACAGAAGGUCUCUCACCUAUACAUUGUGUCAGGGAGUUGUCUAAAGAGGUCUAGGGAGAGAUUGGGUAGAAAGGGUGGAGAACCCUCCACAUCCAUCCACUGACACAGACUGCACAGACUGCCAAGAGGUGGUCCAUGUAGGUCUUUAACAAGUAAGUAUUCAGGUAUUAGCUGAGGCCAGAGGGCAUGGCAGCCUACUUUGUAGAGUGUUGUGAGUGGAGAAAGAAGACAAGGUUUGUGAAGCUCACAGAGGCUCUGAAGGUCGUGAAUGUCUAUGCUGGCGAUAAGAGUCCAUAACAGCGAGAAGAUAAGUUCUGACGACAAGCAACCAUCGCCUUGCCAUCUCCAGAGUUUGGCAACCAUGCAUUAAACAAAAGCAAGGAAGUUUUUAGGUGGCUCUUGAGUUUAGGUCAGGUCAUAAAAAUUAGAUGGUUUUCUGCUGGUCUAAGUCAUUGUGGCUGUCUUUCUGGAAGAUUAAACUGUUACUUUGAGUAAGAAAAAAAAACUUGAUUUACUUGAAAAAAUGUAUUCCUUUUUAUUGUAAUGGUUUUUUUAAAAAUUAUAUUUUUCUUUUGUUUAAUAACACCUGGCUGAAAAAUAAAGACGUCA